UAUACUGAGUCGUCAUCUCAAAGAGUUUAUACACUGAAUGACUUGUCUUCUCAAGUUUUAAUUCAAACCAAGGUUUUCUGAUCAGUAACAAUGUCUGAAACGGAGAACAGAAACAUAGUCCUGUUCCCGUUCAUGGCACAAGGACACAUCAUUCCCUUCCUAGCCUUAGCCCAUCGACUUUCUCAAGCCAGAAAUAACUAUUACACCGUAACUUUGGUCACAACCCAACUCAAUAUCCCACAACUCAGACUCUCUCUGCCUCCCAACUCCUCCAUUCAUGUCGUCGGAAUACCUUUCUCCGGCGAUGGCUAUGGCAUCCCUUCCGGCGUUGAGAACACCGACUCACUUCCCUACCAUCUCAUGCCCAACUUCUUCGAAGCUUCUCUUUCUCUCAAACCCCACUUCAGAAAACUCAUCUCCGACCUCUGCUCCAACCCAAAUGGCCGCCACCGUCCCUUGUGCAUAAUCACCGACAUGUUCUUCUCGUGGACAGAAGAGGUUGCCAGCGAGUUCGGAGUUUUCAACGCUAUUUUUUGCGGAUGUGGAGGGUUUGGGCUCGCGUGUUUUUACUCGCUAUGGAUGAACCUGCCUCACCGGAGUGAUGGAGCUGCCAUGUCCGGCGACGAAAUCAGCUUGCCGGACUUCCCCGAAGCUGGAAAGAUUCACGUAACUCAGAUGUCCGAAUCCUUACAGGUGGCAGAUGGAACUGAUAAGUUUUACAAUGUGUUACGGAAACUGCUUCUGUCAUGGUCGAAAGCUGAUGCUAUUGUUUUCAACACCGUUGAGCAGCUCGAGCAAAGAAAUGGUUUAGCAUAUUUCCGACGAAUGAUGGGAAAGGAUAUGGUUUUAUCCAUUGGACCUAUCUUUUCUCCGAUAACUAGGUCCGAAAAAACAACUGGAAUCACAUCAGAGAAGUGCAUCAAAUGGCUUGACUCCAAACCAAAAAAGUCAGUCCUAUACAUUUCGUUUGGGUCACAGAAUACUAUAUCAGCAUCUCAAAUGAUGAAGUUAGCCAUGGUUUUAGAAGCCAGCGGCAAAAACUUCAUCUGGGUUGUUAGGCCGCCGAUUGGGUUCGACAUAAAUGGCGAGUUCAGAAGCGAGGAGUGGCUGCCAAAGGGGUUCGAGGAGCGAAUAAGUGAGUCGAACAGGGGGUUGUUGGUGCGUAACUGGGCUCCCCAAGUGACCAUCUUGGCUCAUGAAGCCGUGUCUGCUUUUCUGAGCCACUGUGGAUGGAACUCGGUGCUGGAAUCACUUAGCCAUGGGGUGCCCAUCAUAGGGUGGCCUCUUGCGGCAGAGCAGUUUUACAAUGCUAAGUAUUUGGAAGAAGAUUUGGGAGUUGGUGUGGAGGUGGGGAGGGGAAAGAGCUGCUGCGUUGGACACGAGGAAAUGGUAGAGAAGAUUGAUUUGGUGAUGAAUGCAGGGACAGACAAGGGAGGAGAAAUUAGAAGGAAAGCUUAUGAGGUGAGGGAAAUGAUUAAGAAUGCUGUGAAAGAUGAGGAUGGCUUCAAGGGGUCUUCUGUAAUAGCCAUGGAGAAACUUUUGAACACUGCUAUGCUUGUGAGUGAGCAAAGAAAAUCUAUCUGAGUUUUGAGCGACAUUAGAGUACUGUUGUGAAGCAGUAUUGGGCUGGAUUUCAGUUACAAAAAGCUUGCCCUAUACUGCUCAUGUAGUGGGCUGUU